GGUGAGGGGAAAAAGAGGAGAGAGAAAGAGAGGGGCAGAGAGGGGGAGAGCAAGGGCAAGAGCAAGAGCAAGCAAGUUGUGGGGGGCGCUGUUGACCCCAGUUAGACCCACAGAGAAAGCCGCACCAGAGGAGAGUCAGAAACAGAAAAGGUUCUCCAGGAGGCCCCCAGGGUGGGGGUGGGCCCACUCUGCCUAUCACUCCCCUGCCGCGCUGUCACUUCAAUGCCCCGAAGGUCGCGAGCUGCUGCUGUGUGGAAGGCGGUGGAGGACCAGGGGUGCCCCGCGCCACGGCUGACUCCGACAAGCACCGCCGCCUGACCCGUGCGCCCUAGGGCUCGGCCCCCGCUGCGCCCGCGCACGACCCAGUGCGCGUCAGCCCGAAGCAGGAACUCGGGGGUGGGGGGCAGCCCCGGCCAGGAUGGCUCCCGGAGAGGCAGUGGCCAGCCUCCUGCUGCUGGCGGCCACAGGCAUUGGAGGGGCGGCCGAAGGGCCCGGGCUGGACUUCAGUGAGGAUGUGCUGAGCCUGUUCGGCGCAAAUGGGAGCCUGUCGCCGGAGCAGCUUGGGCGCCUGCUGGAGGAGCUGGGAGCCGCCCCUGGUGAGGGCGCCCCGGAGCCUGGCCCGCUGCACUUUAACCAGUGCUUAUCUGCCGAGGAGAUCUUCUCCCUGCACGGCUUUUCAAAUGCUACCCAGUUAACCAGCUCAAACUUCUCUGUCAUCUGUCCAGCGGUCUUACAGCAGCUGAACUUCCACCCUUGCAAGGAUGGACCCAAGCACAAAACAAAGCCGAGUCUUUCCGAAGUUUGGGGAUAUGGACUGCUGUCAGUGACGAUUAUUAACCUGGCAUCUCUCCUCGGAUUGAUUUUGACUCCAUUGAUAAAGAAAUCUUAUUUUCCAAAGAUUUUGACCUUUUUUGUGGGACUGGCUAUAGGGACCCUUUUUUCAAAUGCAAUUUUCCAACUUAUUCCAGAGGCAUUUGGAUUUGAUCCCAAAAGUGACAACUAUGUUGAGAAGGCAGCUGCUGUGUUUGGUGGAUUUUACAUACUUUUCUUUGUGGAGAGAAUGCUUAAGAUGAUACUAAAAACGUAUGGUCAGAAUGAUCAUACCCACUUUGCAAAUGAGGACUUUGGUCCUCAGGAAAAAACUCAUCAGCCUAAAGCGUUACCUACCAUCAAUGGUGUGAUGUGCUAUGCGAAUCCUGCGGUCACAGAGCCCAAUGGACACAUCCAUUUUGACACUGUCAGUGUGGUGUCUCUGCAGGAUGGAAAAAAGGAGUCAAGUUCAUGUACUUGUUUGAAGGGGCCCAAACUGUCAGAAAUAGGGACAAUUGCCUGGAUGAUAACACUCAGCGAUGCGCUGCACAAUUUCAUUGAUGGCCUGGCGAUUGGGGCUUCCUGCACUGUGUCUCUCCUGCAGGGGCUCAGCACGUCUAUAGCAAUCCUGUGCGAGGAGUUUCCUCAUGAGUUGGGGGACUUUGUGAUCUUACUCAAUGCCGGGAUGAGCACUCGACAAGCCUUGUUAUUCAAUUUCCUUUCUGCAUGUUCCUGCUAUGUUGGGCUAGCUUUCGGCAUUUUGGUGGGAAACAAUUUUGCUCCAAAUAUCAUAUUUGCACUUGCUGGAGGCAUGUUCCUCUACAUUUCUCUGGCAGAUAUGUUCCCGGAGAUGAACGAUAUGCUGAGAGAAAAGGUAACUGGAAGAAAAACGGAUUUCACCUUCUUCAUGAUUCAGAAUGCCGGAAUGCUAACUGGAUUCACAGCCAUUCUGCUCAUUACUUUGUAUGCAGGAGAAAUUGAGUUGGAAUAACAGGAAGCGGAAGACGGUGUUGUUAUUGAAGGCAUUUAAUAAAUAAAAACAUCUCCAGAGGAAUUUUUAAGCUGAUUCUAUUUAGUUGAAAAAUAAUUUUGUUUUCCACUGUAGGUCAAGUAAAUUAAUUAGUGGUUUCAGAUCUGUGAAAAAGGUUUUUAAGUCAUUGUUGAAAACACUGCAAAAGAUUUUUGGUUCUUGUCUGAAAUGCCUGGUAUUUUUGGCAAGUACCCAAUUUUUUCUUUGUUUCACACAUAUUAGAAAAUCAUCAUGAAGCAAGACAUUUAUGUUCUAUAAUCAUAUGAACACCUAGACCCAGAGAAAUAUAGAAGCCAAGUUUUAUAAACCUUUAAAAUUCAGUUGUUGGAUCAGAGGUUCAAAUGGUUUCAGAGUGUUUUCUUUCAGUUGAUUUGUUCUAGUACUUUCAAGAGCAAGUACCUCAACAUGGGGAAGAGGGUGUCCGACACUGGACAUUGGAGAUUCAAGGCCUUAAUGAAUUGUGCACAGCCUUUGUAAUGUUUUGUAUUUCAGUUAGGAACCUGUAGAAUUGUUUUGAAAGCCAUUGUAAGAUAUUAUGAAAUAGGAAACCAUUAAGGUUUUAUAAGUCCUACUAAGUUCAAGCCUAGACUUUUUAUGGCCUGCAGUCUUCCAGACUCCAUGAAAAGCCAGAAUAGCUUUUUAUGACUUAGGCAUGGUUGCACCCCUUAGAAAUGGUGGGACCGUCUGUAGAGCUGGUGACAGCUCAGUUUCAGUGUGGGUAUGCUUUGUGAAGGUGAAAAAUAUGUUGCUUUAGAGAAAGAGAUUUAAUGUAAUCUUAAGUAAUUUACUUUUAAAGAUGAAUGUAAUUAUUUAGUAGAAAGUAUAUAUAAAUAUAAAUGCAAAACAACAGCUGGUCUACUGUCCUUCAAAGAAUGAUUAAAUAGAAAACAUACGUUCCUUACAGGUGACUGAGAGUUAUUCAGAAAAGGCUUCUUUUGUGUUGAGUUCAAGUUUUUCCAUAUGGUGUCCUUGGGAGAAAACUCAGUACACUAUGGUUAUUUUUCUACCUUUUAUAAAGAUAGAGCUUGUUUACUCAUUUAGCAGGUGAUAGAAAAUUAGUCUAAAAUUGAAUAUUCUAGUCCCAAUUCACACUCCCAAGUCACAUAAGGAAAGGUAAUUCAACAGCGAGGAAAAUGAAGCAAUAAAGCCUCCAACAAUGAUCUCAGGAAUUCCAUCUUCUCGACGCCAUAAAAUGUUUCACAUAGCAGUGAUGUAGACUUGAUGAAUGUUUAACAUGUACAUUAAUGUAUAAUUCACUUUAUGACUGACACUUUAAAAAACUGGACAAAUAGUAAACACAUUUAAAACCA